UAGUGGCAACUCGCGAAGUUUCGCCUUGACGAUCUCGCUCUGCUAUUUCCCUGUCAUGUCACAAAGAUUUGAUCAUCUUCUUGUUUCUUGUUUCUUUUUUUUUUCGAAAUGGAGGCGUACCCCCGGCAGUUUCUUGUUUCUUGAUGAUCUCGCUCUGCUAUUUCCCUGUCAUGUCACGAAGAUUUGCUCAUCUUCUUGUUUCUUGUUUCUUGAUGAUCUCACUCUGCUAUUUCCCUGUCAUGUCACCAAGAUUUGCUCAUCUUCUUGUUUCUUAUGUCAAUUUUGAAGCCCGCGAUCUGCAUACCAUGAUCGCCAAGAUGGCGGUGCCCGUGAUGGCCACGGUGCUGCUGAUCACGGUGUCGACUCUCUCCAUGGCGCCGGACGGGUGUGCCUGCGCCUGCCUCCGCUUGUGCUUCGGCAGCAAAUACUUCCCGAUGAUCUUCGUGCUCUCCCAGAUCCACCUGGGCCGUCUUUUGGCGAGAGAGGCCGUUCUGGCGCGGAGGCUGGCGGCCCGGCGCUACUACGCGGUGGGCGCCGUCGCGUGCUUCGUGGAGGUCGCGCUCAAGCUGUACAUGAUCCUGGUGUUGUGCCCCUAGGCGUGUGGAUGUGCCAGCCCAAGGAUCGAAGAUGGAUAGUUUUGGAGUCUGAAGAUGCGCCGUUUUGUUCAGUUAUUACUACAACUCUGCUAAGUUCUAGUACAAAUUUGGAAGGGGCCUGUCGUAUGGUGUUUUAGUUUCAAUUCAACUUGCCUGUCUGUUCGUCCUUGGGUACUACUGUAGCCUUUUGUUGUUGUCUUGUUCCGUUGGGGUUUAGACUGUCUGUCUUUUGUAGCAGCAGCUUUGGAGUUUAGACUGUCUGUAUGAACUUGGACGGGAUUUGAAUUUGUUUAGCUCAAGCCUUGAAGGUUGAAACGUCUUAUGUAAGCAGCAUUUCUUGUUCUUGACGAGGUAGAGUAGUAAUUUGCAGCCAGUUCUUGUUCUUCAUGUGUUCGUAGGCCGCUGGUUUAGCAAUCAGCAAUCUUGUUUGAAAUGAAACAUGUGCAACCGCAACUUGUUGAAACUUGAGCUUGGUGUUCUCUCGGGCCGUUUGUUGUGCACGCUCCAGACGAAGGGCAUCAACGCUCAAUGAGGCCAACUCCA